GAGGAGCUGGCAGCACAUGAGCACACAGGCUCUCCAUCCGUUCACUGAUCCAUCGGAGCGUUCGUAAUUGCGCCGGCGAUCCACAUAUGGGAAUACAAUAAGACGAGACCGUGGUCACACCUGGUUCCGGAGGGGACCGCGGAGAACCGGUACCCGAACAGGGGCGGCCACAUUCUGCUGAGAGAGAGAGAGAGAGAGCAGCAUCAUCCGAGAAUAAAUCGGAAGCCAGAGGUGACAACUCAUCUGCGCAUCAAAGCUGAACAUAAGAAACACCGAAGGAAGAGUUGGGACCACGCUGCUGCGCAGGGCCUCCAGCGUCAGCCUCCUCCUCGGUUUAGGGACUACACGUCGAUGGGAGCGGUAGAAGAAACGUUCUGCAGACACUGAAGCAAACGUGUUGAGGAAGAACAGGGCAAAUGCUGCUGCAGGACCUCCCGCCCUGUCAGCCCCACUUCAAAAAGAUGGAGGUCACAGGAUUCCAGCUGACAUCGAGGCUUUGAGGAUUAACCAUAGACCUGGAAAGAGAGACAGUGCUUGUGUUUACCAUUAUGGAACCUGCAAGAGUGGCCAAACUGUGGGCUCGGCUCUUCCUGCUGUUUCUUUGCUUGACGCUACAAGCUGGCAUGCUUCAAUUCACUGCAGCCACGAUACAAGGGUAUAUUGGAGACAGGGACAUGGUAUGCCCAUCUGUAUGCAGGUGCGAUGAGGACUUCAUCUACUGCAAUGAUCGUGGCCUGAAUUCAAUUCCAUCACUGCCUCCAUCUGCGUCCAUCCUAUACCUUCAGAACAACCACAUAAAUAACCCAGGUUUGCCCACCUCCUUGGAGCGCCAUCUUGCUGUCCGUGUGGUCUACCUCUAUGAUAAUGAACUGGAUGAAUUCCCCAUGCAUCUGCCACCAUCUGUGCGUGAACUGCAUUUGCAGGACAACAACAUCCGCACUAUUCCUCGGAGUACACUGGCUCGAAUGCCUUUGUUGGAGAAGCUCCACUUGGAUGACAACUCUAUUUCCACUGUCAGUAUUGAGGAUCAGGCCUUUGCUGACAACCCCCGGCUGCGCCUGCUUUUUCUUUCACGCAACCAUCUGUCUAGUAUCCCCUCAGGACUGCCUGCCUCUCUGGAGGAACUGCGCUUGGAUGACAACCGUAUUUCCACAAUCCCAACCCAUGCCUUCCGUGGGCUCACCUCGCUUAGAUGUCUUGUCUUGGAUGGGAACCUUUUGGCAAACCAACGCAUUGCUGAUGACACAUUCUCUCGCCUUUCUAACUUGACCGAGUUAUCCCUAGUCCGAAACUCCCUCCAGACCCCACCUGUCAACCUGCCCAGUGCCCAUCUACAGCGCCUGUCUCUACAGGACAAUGCCCUUACCCAUAUGCCACGUGGGUCCUUGGAUGGCAUGCACAGGCUGCAGAGGCUGGACCUGUCGGGAAACAACCUGACCACCCUGCCAAAAGGACUGUUUAAAGACCUGGACAGCCUGGGUCAGCUGUUGGUGCGAGGUAAUCCUUGGCACUGUGGCUGUAACCUGCGCUGGUUGUAUGACUGGCUGCUUGCCCGUGGUAACACCAUCACUGUCAGAGGUCUCACCUGCCAUGGACCUGACAGAGUUCGGGACAUGGCUUUGAUAGACCUGACCAGCGAGAUGGACGAAUGUGAAGUGGUUAGGGCAACAGGGACCAGAGACAGAGUGGGUGGAGUGGAUAGCUCUACUACUCACACCCCUCCACAGGGCUCACUCUUCACCCUUCGCUCAAAACGACCUGGACUGGGGAUUCCUGACUCUGGCUUAGACUACACUCUUAGCAGCAGUGGUGUGGGGAAGAGUCUGGCCCUCAAUGUGAAGCCUCUCUCUCAUAACAGUGUCAGAGUUACCUGGAGCGUGGCCCAGCCCAGCUCCUCCUUCAGGCUGAGUUGGCUCCGACUUGGCACUAGAAAUGCCAUGGGAUCAAUCACAGAGACGCUCGUCAGGGGGGACCGUCGAGAGUACCUGCUUACCUCAUUGCAACCACGUUCUAGCUACAUCAUCUGCAUGGUGCCCCUGCCUGCCAGUUCAGAAAACAAAGGGGCGAUUUCUGGAGAUGCUGACUCUGAUGAAGCUCAGGUGUGUGCAAAAGCUGAAACAUCAGACCUUAGCCCAUUGGAAGAGGAAGAGGAGGAAGAUUCAAAGCAAAUGACAUCACUCCCAUUGGCCGGGAUUAUUGGUGGGGCUACCGCUAUUGUGUCUUUGGCUCUUAUUUUUGGCAUCUUCUGUUGGUGUGGACGUAGGACUGGGCAUUCGUGUUCUCGUGACCACUAUUCACGGAGCACCUCUCGAAAAAGCAAAACCUAUGAUGACUACAUUGAGUCAGGCACCAAGAAGGACAAUACCAUCUUGGAGAUCCGUGGCCCGGGGUUCCAGAUGACACCUAUGCCGGCUUGCCAGCCAAUGCAGCCUAAACCCCUAAGAGAGGAUUACAUAAUUCAUACCAUAUACCCCUCCAAUGGCACUGGCCUGUACCAAGGUGCCAACCAUGUUUCUAAUGCAGGACAUGGCACCAACCGUGGCUAUAGAGAAGGAGGAAUCCCAGAUAUAGACUAUUGUUACACAUGAUGUACUGUACCAGAUCCUGUUCACAGUGUUAUUGGUAAACUGUAUAGAUGCACAAUUUCCCUUCGCAUGGACACAUCUGAAGCACCCCUCUGUGCCUUCUUCUUCUGGUCACCCAUUCCAAAUGAUCUGCUGUUCAAUGCACUGAAAGUACUAUAUGUGAUUAACUGGAACUGAAAUCAUGUGGGAACAGUUCACUGCAGGAUGCAGUAGCCAGAACCCCAGGUGUAAACUCACACUGACCAUUUUCUCAACAUCUUAGUAAUGGCCUGUGUAUGUUUUCUUUUUAGCUCUUCCCCUGUGACAUGUUAACAAAGAAUGUAUCCACGGUGGAAAGGUCAAACUCAGCAUAGGUGCAGAUUGAAUUUCUCUUCCACCCAUGGGAGCCACAGCAGUCAAUUCUAAAGGAAUUAAGAAAUGGUGAACAGACAUUUUUGGUACUCAUUUCUUGCUCACUGAUCAAACACAGAUGUAGUCUUAUCAACUCACUGUUCAAAUGCCUCAAGUAUAUUGAUGUGCCCUACCAGCUAUCCAAGGAAAGGGCUUUGUAAAGCUGUGAAUUGUUCUAUUUCAAACGAUCCAAUAACCACUUGUCUUAAAGUAGGCUUGUUAUUACCUUAUUCAUUAGUUGUGGAGUUGAAGAUCUUAUCAGGGCUGGUCAGCCUUGGUUAUACCUCUCGAGAUCUUUCACUUGAGAUCAGUAUUGUAGUGUUGCAUUAGAUCAGAUUAGAUGCAGCACAAGCGUGUAGAUAAUUUACUUAGAUACCGACUGGACUGUGUUUAAAAAAAUGCUUUGCUUUUUCUUUAUGAGUGGUUUGUUUGGUAAUCAAAUCCUUCACAUCGCUCUUUAUUUAUUUAAUUUUAUUCCUUAUGUGAUGGUUUUUGUCUCUGCUAAAAUAUUUUGUUUUUGAUUUCACGCUUGUCAUGACUGCAGAAACCCUGCUUUGAUUAAAACAGUGGAUUUGGUCCAUUUAACAGCAAAAUACAAGAAGGGAAGAUAAUAUCCUGUUGAGUGAGACUCUUUAUAGUAUGUAAUCUGAAAAUUAGAACCCACCCAAAGAAUAGCAUGUAAGCCCACUGAGAUGAUAGAAACAAACCUCAAUCCCUCUCUUCCCAUUUUGUGCCUGUGUGCUUAACCUGUGACUUCAUUUGAUGACUUACGGUUAUAAAAUGUUUCUUCCACACUCUUAAAAUGAUAACAGUGUUCACAGAGCAUCCAGACUGGACGGAAAUACUAAUGUGGAGCCUCCUGUGUGAGGCAGUCUCUUGUGAGUGAACGUUGAAAUGAGGGCGAGAACUCUAAGUGCAACUGAGGAGACUGAAACCGCAACACUGUUGACCUGCACUGUGGGGCAGCGGCCAAGCUGUGGGUGGGUGGAUGGACUGGUGGGGUAGUUUGGAAGAGAAGUGACUCCUCGGUGAGGGGAGUUCAUUGAUGCUUGUUUUAGCAAAGGUAAAGGCCUCCACUCAUUCCACCUCUUUUAUUACUUAGCAGCACUAAAAAUGUAAAUGUAUCAGCACUUAGCAAAGAACAGGGACAGGCACGGGGAGACAAAGGAAAAUAAACAUCUCCAGGCUCUGACAAAGAUAGAGAAAACAUUGCUGUGGCAAGGUGGUGUUCACCCAUGCAUAAAUCUGUUUUUCAUAAUUCAGCUUUUUAUCUUGGGUUUAAUAUUGUCCAACAGCUGUAAAGGGGAAACCAGUCAACUUCCUUGACUUUUCUGCCUGCCAGAAUUUUACACUGGUCUCAGACAUGUCAGUGGAAUGUAUAUUUUGUCUUGCACCCAAAUUCACUGACUUAAACAAAUAACAUCUUACUAGCCUGGCUAAUUCUGUUUUGGGGAAUGUUGAUAUUGUGUAAUUGGUAUCUUAUAGUGAGUCUAUUCCAGACACGUACUUCCUGAUCAUUUGUAUAAAUAAAACCAUGGCCACAGCUACAUGAAUAUUUUUUCUGGUCAAAAUAUAGACAGUAAUGGUGCCAUAACUUUGCGUAAAAAAACAUGUGAACGUGAGAUAUGUGUGGAAUUUGCUUUUUGAAUUCAUCUUCAGAGGGGAUCAAUAAAAAGUUUUAUAAUCUUGU